AUGUCUGAUAAGCAGCAACAACAACAGCAACAACAGCAGCAGCAGCCGCCGCAGCAGCAGCAGCAACAGCCGCCUCCUCAGCAAGAGCCUCGUCAACUACGUCGAGAAUUAGUAAAGGGUAGGCUACAACCACCGUUGAAGCCGCCCUCAGGUAAAUCUUAUUCCGUCGCCCCGGCAUCUACCGGAGAGGUUACAGUGAGACGUCCAAGCGAGGGAUGGAUAACCCAAAGUCCUGUUGAGAUAUCGUCUGCGGCGACGGCUCAGCCGUUCAUAAACCCCGCCGUUCUGGAACGUCACAGACGCAUCGGCGGGCCGACGUGA